GACCUUCAUCUUCACUGCAUUGUGUUCCUUGAUGAUGUCAGGAGGGGUCCGUCCACUCCUUUCCUUAUCCUGGAGAUGACAUGGACCUUGAACAACCUGAAGUCUCAUGGUGUUUUGAAACAAUGACAUGGAAGGCCUAUGGAUCCUCCGGUACAGGAGGCAGAUGGCGUCCAGCGCCAGUCCGGAAUCCCUACAGAAGAUUAUGGCUAAGCUGCAGGAGAUGGAGAUGCUCAACGCCGAAGAGAUCCGACGUCUUCAGGAACUGACACCAUUGAACAAGCGGGCUGAAACCCUGAUGGACACACUAGGAGGAAAGGGUCGCUGGUAUCUUCAAGGGCUGCAGACCUGCAUUGAACACAGCCGCUCCUCCAUCUACCUGCGCAUACGUCAUUAUGAUCCAUUGGUGAAGAAACAUUUGGACAGUGUGAAAUAUGACCAGCACCCACUGCUAGCUCAGUUAGACUCUCUCCUCUUGGUUGAAGGCCUUACGGAUGCCCAGCUUCAAGAACAUGACGUUGUGCAGCUGGAAUUAGGCCAGGUUGGGAGAGGUACCCCCAAAAAAUUGCCCCUAGAAAAACUGUUGAUGCCGCUGUCGAGGGUCAGCCUUCCUCCACGUGUCACCUUAACUGUAGGAGUGGCAGGAGCUGGUAAAAGUACGCUGGUGAGGCUGUUUGUGGAGAAGUGGGCACGGGGUGAGCUCUGCACUAACAUCCCCUGUUUGCUGACCCUGAACCUCUGGGAGUUAAACGUCUUUGAACGUCUCUCUGUGGAGAAGUUAAUACGGAUUGCUUGGCCCAGGUAUUCAGUGCCACCUCCCAAUUCCCUUCUAAUUUUGGAUGGCUUAGAUGAGCUUCGAGCUCCACUUGACUUCUCUGACUCAAUAGCUAGCACUGAUCCUCAGAAAGAACUUCCCCCUGAAUGUCUCAUUACCAACAUCUUACGAGGAAACCUUCUGCCUGACAUCGUUGUGUGGGUAACAUCAAGGCCGGGAGCUGCAGCUAUGAUUCCUGGGGGGCUUGUGGAUCGAAUGACGGAAAUAUCUGGACUUGAAUCAGGUGAAAUCAAGCAGUAUAUGGAUCAGUUUCUACACGAUGCCAAUGGCUUAGUGGACAGGAUCUGUGGGCACCUAGAAAGUCAUCGCUCUUUAAAUGCUUUGUGUUCUGUUCCCACCUUGUGCCACAUCAUAGGAGUAUCUCUUGGAUUUGCAGUUCAUGCCCAUGACUCUACAUAUCCUUCCCUACCUAUGACAUUGUCCACCAUCUUCUCCUGGUAUCUCAAAGCUCAGUUCACUGACUUAGAGGGAAUAGAGCAACCAAACAGUGCCCGACGAACUGUUGGCAACUUAGGAAAGUUGGCGUUUCAGGGAUUGCUUAGAAGACGGACGGUCUUUUACGAGUCAGAUUUAAAAUCUUGUGGGAUUGAGACCCCAAUAUUACCAGGCAGCCUUUGUAGUCGGCUGCUGCUGCCCCAGAAUUCACCUUCCUGUUCAGCUUUCUGUUUCCCCCACGUCCUUUUGCAGGAGUUCCUGGCAGCCAUCCACUACUAUUCUGCCGCCAAACGUGCCAUAUUCGACCUCUUUGCUGAGGGAGGAGUUUCUUGGCCCAAGUUGGGCUUUCUAAACCAUUACAAAAGUGCAACACAGCGGGUUUUACAAACUGACGGAGCUCACCUGUCCAUCUUCCUCCGCUUCCUCUCUGGCCUCAUGGCUUCACAGGUCAUUAGGAUUUUGGUCGGGUGCCUGCCAAACAAGGAAGAUCUAAGCAGCCACCGUGGGCAAAUAGUGGACUACCUGCAGAGCUUGCUGAGUGCCAGCAAGACAAUCUCCUGUGGAAUGGUGAACUUAAUGUGCUGCUUGCAUGAGAUGGGCUACACAGAGGUGAUCUGCAAGGUGGAAGAGGCGCUGAAGACUGGAACACUCAGCAGGAAAUUGAGCCCUUUGGCUUGCUGUGCCCUUGCUUUCUUACUUAGGGCAUCACGCAGCUGUGCCCAAGAAACAAACCUUUCCCAGUGUCUUAAUUACAGUCUUGUGCAAAACUUCCUGCCACAGCUACAGUACUGCACUAACCUCAGAAUGGAGAAUAACAACUUUAAAGAUGAUGUGAUGGAGCUUCUGGCUACCAUCCUGCGUGCCAAGGACUGCGCAAUCCAGAAGAUCAGCCUGUCAGAGAACCAGCUGGGUAACAGAGGUGUGAAGGUGCUGGGAAAAGCCCUGAUGGUGAACUGUACACUCCGUUCCAUUGACCUCCACGGGAAUAGCAUUGGACCCAGUGGUGCCAAAGCCUUGGCGGAGGCGCUAAAGAACAAUCAGGUGCUGCAGAGCCUAAAUCUUCAGAACAACCAGAUAAAGUCUGAGGGAGCAAAGUGCUUGGCCCAGUCUCUGCUGCUGAACCGUAAGCUAAUGGUUCUGAACCUUCAGAAGAACAGCAUUGGUUGGGAGGGGGCAGAGAGCCUGGCAGCCUGUCUCAAAGAGAACCAGGUGCUCCACGAGCUGUGGUUAUCCAGCAACAGCCUGGGAGACCAAGGAGCCACGGCCCUGGCUGAAGCUCUCACCAAAAACUCAGGUUUAAUUACUUUGGACCUGAAGAGUAAUUCGAUUAGCAACCAAGGCUUGAAAUCUCUGACCAUCGGGCUUAGCCAGAAUCGGAGCCUGAAACACCUAAACUUGCGGGAGAAUUCCAUCAGCAUUGAGGGAGCUCGAGCUCUGGCGCAGGCCCUUCAGACAAACACAGCCUUGGCACAUUUAGACCUGACAGCCAACCUUCUACAUGACGAGGGAGUGGAGGCCUUGUCUGGAGCACUGAGGGAGAACCGCAGCCUGGAAACUCUACACCUCCAGUGGAAUUUCCUACGAGUGGGGUCAGCGAGGUCACUUGCCGAUGCUCUUCGCGUUAACGUGUGUUUGCGCUGUUUAGAUCUGCAGGAAAAUGCCAUCGGAGAUGAGGGGGUGUCUGCGCUCUGCAAGGCUCUGCAGGAGAACUCCACACUGUCAGCUCUGUAUCUACAGGGAACCGCCAUUGGACCGUCCGGGGCGCAGGCUCUGGCAGAGGCUUUGCUGGUCAAUAGGAGUCUCACCACUCUGGAUCUGCGAGGGAAUCACAUCGGCCUUGUAGGAGCCAAAGCCUUGGCAGGAGCACUCAAAGUGAACUGCUCUGUGCAGAUCCUCAACUUGCAGGAAAACUCCAUUGGUCUGGAUGGCGCUAUCUGCCUGGCAAAUGCCAUCUCAGGAAACCCUUGUCUUCUCUCCCUCAGUUUGCAAGGGAACAACAUUGGGCCAUCUGGUGCCAAGGUGAUAAUGGAAACCCUGAAGAAUGACGCUCCGAACUGCACAGUGUCCAUAUGAAGGACCUGAAGAUGGUGCAGAGCUUGUACAGUGCAAGGUUAGA